UACCUCCGGUUUCCUCCCCCCUUCCCCCGUCCCUCACCUCGCCCUUGUUGCGGUGGAGUGCCCCCAAUCCUCCUCUCGUCUUCCUCCUCAACCCCACUCUCCCUCCAAAUCCAACGCCGCGGCGCGGGAAAGGCGGAGCAGAACGAAAAUAAGAAACAGGAGACCGGAUAACGCUCGAGGUCUCGAUUUGAUUGGGGUUGCGGCUGGGCCGGAUUGGAUCCUCGGAUCCCCCGCUAGGAGGGGAAUUCGGGGCCCAGAUCCCCGCGAUUCCGGUGGCGGCGGCGGCGGGGAUGAGAGGCCGGAGGGCAUGGUUGUGGUUGGCCCUGGCGCGGGAGGAGUGAGGCGGCUGCGCCCAGCAGCAGCAGCAGCGGCGGCGGCGGCAGGGGGACAGCCUGUGGUUGAGGCGGUUUGGCGGUGGGUGAUCCCGGGCCCGAGACGCCCGUGCCAUGUCUCGCUGCUUCCCGUUUCCGCCACCAGGAUAUGAGAACACCGCGCGCCCCGACGCCCAGCUAGCCUCGCACCUGCUCGACAAGGAGAAACACAAGGAGAAGAAGCAUAAGAAGGACAAAGAGAAAAAAGACGGUAAAGAAAAGAAGGAUAAAAAAAGGAGUAAAGAUAAGCACAAAGAUAAGAAAGAUCGAAAAGAAAAACACAAAGACAAGAAAAAGGACAAGAGCAAAGAUAAAAGCAGGGAAUCAGGAGAAGGAACUGAAAGACAUGGUGAGACUCUCCAUGAUCAGAAGUUUGAAGAGAGCAGCAGGAAGUCCGGAGAAAUUAAGGAUCCUAAAUUCAGGGAGGACUUGGUCAGAAAGUUACAGGAUGAGAAAGGGGUGGCGAGUCGACCUGUUGAAAAUUUUGCUCUUUCAAAUGAUCGAAGCCGUGGAGGCUUCAGUGCUUCACCUGCAAUGGAGAAUGAAAGAACUGCAGUUAAUAAAAUGCAUAUUCACUCUAGUAAUGCUUCAAGGAAAAAUGAGGGAUUGGGACAACAGAGGAUCAACAUCAAUCAACAAAAGAAUGGGAUAUCAAUGCGACAUUGUGAGAACAACACCAGUUCAGCUCAAAGAACUCCUGAUGGCUUUGUACCAGGAUCUGCGAUGGAGAAGGAAAGAGUCAGAGUCGCAAGGCCACCUUCGAAUACUGAAUCCGCACCCAGGAAAGAGGGGAUGGGACAGCGAAUCAGUAACAUUAGCAUACUGGUUCAGAAGAGAACUGAGAAUACAAACAAAGAGAUUGCGAAGAAAGAAGUUGGCACUGCCUCUCCAUUGCUUCCAAACCCUUUUAAUGCUAUGCAUAAGGGAAAUGGCAAGGUUGGUAGGCCACUGGAGAACACACCAACAUCCACACAGAGUUUUGACAGUCUGUCAACAUCUAACCCAGCGGCAGGGAUGGAUAGAGGACUACCUAGGCCAACAAUCCCAAGCCCAAGCAUUACAAUUCGGAGACCAAAUGGGAUGGUACAGCCACCUCAAAACCUUUCUGUUUCUGCUAAGAAACCUGACGUGGGAGGCCUUUCACCUGCUACGGGGAAGGAAAAGGAACAAGGUGGAAGGAUGCUACAGACUAAUAUUUCAACUGAUCAGAAACUGGUUUUGUCAAAACCUCCAGCUGUGGAGAAAGCUGCAGAUGGACGAGCUGAAAGGAUGGAGAAAGUCAGAGAUGGGGCGCCUGAUCUUGCUAAGAAAGGGGACAAAAAGAGUGACCGGCAUGAGAAAAAGAAAAGGAAAGAGAAAGAUAAACACAAAGAGAAGAAAAAGGAGAAAGAGGCAAAGAAGGAGAAAGAGGAACAUAAUGACAAAGAGCAUGAUAAGCUAAGAGAAAACAAUAUAAAUUAUCCAAUAAAUAGUCUUCGCAUGAAGCCCUCAGUCCCUCCUUUAGCCCCACCAAUUGAUGAUGGGAAAGCUAUUCUACCUGAAGAAAGCCUGAAGAAGAGAAAGAAUCAUGAGAUGAAUGGUUACUUACAAAACCAUCAUGAUAUGCGGCCUACAAAGUUGCCGAGACCAGCCCUCUCCAACAAUCGUGUGGAGAAUGGUUCAGCAUCUCAUGUAGCCGCGCCACUCUCUUCUGUGAAGCCAGAUGCCAUGAAUGUUGAAAAGGCUGAAUGGCUCCAUAAGAAGGAAGAGAAGAUCAAUGGCAACCAAGAAGCUCAGCAAUCUCCAGUUGAUUCAGGGCCAUGGGAUCCUGUGGUUGCUUAUGAGAAUGGCACACCUUCUAGGAAGCCGCCUCACCCAGACGGCAAGUAUCUUAGCCAGAUAUACAGCAUUCCUGAAGAACCUCAAAUGACGGAAUGGCCUGAGCAUGAUGGUGAGGACUGGCUGUUCAACCAAGGUAGCACCCAACCAAGGAAGCCCAAUUCAGAGCCUGAGUCUGAUGGAGCGCCCCAAGUGUGGGCUCAGGCUCUGAAAAUGGACCCGGCUGAUGUCAUUGCUUUACCAUACGUCAUCCCUUUUUAGUUAAAUGCUGCUCAAACCGCUGGGUGACAAUUCUCUGAAGUAGCUGAGCACUGAAACAUGAAACCACACCACUGCUUGUUUCUGCUACUGCUGCUUUGCUACAAUUUGUGUAGCUCGGCCCGCAUGUAGCUGUUCUUAUAACUGCAUGCACCCUUCUAGGUUGGUGCAUGGCACACAGCACUUGUGAGAGUUGACUUGGCAACGAGUGCUGCGUGGAGAAACAGUGUUGGUUGCCACAAGAGGUUGGAUUCUGUAACGGAGUGAUUAGCUGUUAUCGCUGCACAAUUUUGAUCUGCACGGUGUAAAAGAUUUUUAAUACCAAAAUGUACAUUAGAGGGGGGCGAGGAGAGAAGAGGGAGUCUUGAGAUUCAUUUAUAGUAGUCCGAUUGAUUUGAGUUGCUGACUGAGAAAAUCUGCUUCUGCUUGAUUUGUUCCAAAGUUGGCACUUCACCGUGACUUGUCUUCCUGUGUAUAUAGUUCUAGUUUACAUAGAUGAUUUGGUGUCCUGAGGUUGUAACUUUACUUAUUCCACGGCAUUAAUGUUGAAGAGUCAUAUCACCUCGUGUCACAUUGCGAGGCGUGAUCAGAAGAGGAUGACUUGUGAAUUGAUUUAGUAUACCAUUUGACCUUUUCGCA